UCCCGCAGAGGAGAGGCACGCGCCAAGAAGGUGGCAGUGGAGCGAGGGCAGGAACCUUUCCAGGACUCCUCCUGGGUUUUAAUUCUAGAGCUACCGUUUCCUUGCUGCGUGACCUUAGCUCCGGAAGUCCCCGGAUCUCAUCUGCAUCUAACAAGCCGCUGACCACGAUGCCCAGGGAAGAGCCCACAGCCAUCACGCGCCACCUCUAGACACCUCCCAGACGCUCCUCCCCGGCCUGCCGACCUGUGGCUCGGGGACACGUCCCACCGCUCUCCUGACGUCUGUCUGCUGUCAGCCUCCUGAGAGGACAAGCAGGGGGGUGGGCAGACGCAGGAAAUCAUGCCACCGACGGCCACCCGGCAAUGAGCCCGUGACGCAGCGUUGACGUCAGAGACGGCGGAGCCUGAAACCUCUGGGCCACUGUGUCCCCGGCUCCUUUCUCGGCAGAGCCGAGUCCUGGCCCCUCCUGGAGGAUCCGUCUCGGCUGGAUAGGCUUCGGGGUCUUCAGGGUGGACCCUCGGAGGCCAGGCGCCAUGGAAGAGCACACGUUCGGGGUUCAGCAGAUCCAGCCCAAUGUCAUCUCCGUCCGCCUCUUCAAGCGCAAAGUCGGGGGCCUGGGGUUCCUGGUGAAGGAGCGCGUCAGCAAGCCCCCCGUCAUCAUCUCGGACCUGAUUCGCGGGGGAGCCGCCGAGCAGAGUGGCCUGGUCCAGGCGGGGGACAUCAUCCUCGCCGUCAACGGCCGGCCCCUGGUGGACCUCAGCUAUGACAGUGCCCUGGAGGUGCUCCGGGGCAUUGCCUCCGAGACCCACGUGGUCCUCAUUCUGAGGGGUCCCGAGGGCUUUACCACGCACCUGGAGACCACCUUCACCGGGGACGGGACCCCCAAGACCAUCCGGGUGACACAGCCCCUGGGACCUCCCACCAAAGCUGUCGAUCUGUCCCAGCAGCCCUCGGCCAGCAAAGAGCAGCUGCCCGCGGCCGGUGGGCCCCCAGGCCCCGGGAACGGGCCUCAGCAUGCCCAGGACGAGGGGCCGGAAGCCGGCUCGCUGCCCCAAGCCAACGGCCUGGCCCCCAGGCCCCCGAGCCAGGACCCUGCCAAGAAAAGCAGCAAGGCUGGCCCCCAGGGCAGCCCGGAGCAGAACGAACUGCUCAGAGAGAUCGAGCCCGUGCUGAGCCUUCUCACCAGCGGCCGCCGAGGGGCCGAGCGAGGGGCACCUGCCAAGGCGGAGACGAGAGACACAGGCGUCCAGGUGGACAGGGACCUGGAUGGCAAGUCACACCGAGCUCUGCCCCUCGGCGGGGAGAACGACCGCGUCUUCAAUGACCUGUGGGGCCAGGGCGGCGCGCCCGUGGUCCUCAACAACCCCUACUCCGAGAGGGAGCAGCCCCCUGCCUCAGGGAGACAGUCCCCCACAAAGAACGGCAGCCCGUCCAAGUGCCCCCGCUUCCUCAAGGUCAAGAACUGGGAGACGGACGUGGUUCUCACCGACACCCUGCACCUCAAGAGCACCCUGAGGCCCGGGCUGGUGGGAGACCUUAGGGGGCGCUUCACGCUCCUCUUCUCCCAACUCAGGUUUGGCUCCAAGGCCCACAUGGACCGGCUGGAGGAGGUGAACCGGGAGAUCGACAGCACCAGCACCUACCAGCUCAGGGACACGGAGCUCAUCUACGGGGCCAAGCACGCCUGGCGCAACGCCGCCCGCUGCGUCGGCAGGAUCCAGUGGUCCAAGCUGCAGGUGUUCGAUGCACGCGACUGCACCACGGCUCACGGGAUGUUCAACUACAUCUGCAACCACGUCAAGUACGCCACCAACAAGGGCAACCUCAGGUCGGCCAUCACCAUCUUCCCGCAGAGGACGGACGGCAAGCACGACUUCCGCGUGUGGAACUCGCAGCUCAUCCGCUACGCCGGCUACAAACAGCCCGACGGCUCCACCCUGGGGGACCCGGCCAACGUGGAGUUCACGGAGGUGCGAGCGCGGCCUCCCCACCCGGGCCGGGGCCCCGAGCUUUCUCUCCUGUUCCAAGCCAACGGCAAUGACCCUGAGCUUUUCCAGAUCCCGCCUGAGCUGGUGCUGGAAGUGCCCAUCAGGCACCCCAAGUUUGACUGGUUCAAGGACCUGGGCCUCAAGUGGUACGGCCUCCCCGCUGUGUCCAACAUGCUUCUGGAGAUUGGCGGACUGGAGUUCAGCGCCUGUCCCUUCAGCGGCUGGUACAUGGGCACGGAGAUCGGUGUCCGCGACUACUGUGACAACUCCCGCUACAACAUCCUGGAGGAAGUAGCCAAGAAGAUGAACCUGGACAUGAGGAAGACGUCGUCCCUGUGGAAGGACCAGGCGCUGGUGGAGAUCAACAUCGCCGUCCUCUACAGCUUUCAGAGCGACAAAGUGACCAUCGUUGACCACCACUCCGCCACCGAGUCCUUCAUUAAGCAUAUGGAGAACGAGUACCGCUGUCGGGGGGGUUGCCCGGCUGACUGGGUGUGGAUUGUGCCCCCCAUGUCUGGCAGCAUCACGCCCGUCUUCCACCAGGAGAUGCUCAACUACAGGCUCACACCCUCCUUUGAGUACCAGCCCGAUCCUUGGAACACCCAUGUGUGGAAAGGCACCAACGGGACCCCCACAAAGCGGCGCGCCAUCGGCUUCAAGAAGCUGGCCGAAGCCGUCAAGUUCUCAGCCAAGCUGAUGGGACAGGCCAUGGCCAAGAGGGUCAAAGCCACCAUCCUCUACGCCACAGAGACCGGCAAAUCGCAGGCCUACGCCAAGACCCUGUGCGAGAUCUUCAAACACGCCUUUGACGCCAAGGUGGGCAGCGGGCAGUGCCGGUCCCCAAGCCCCUCGCGAGAUGGUGUUGUGCAGAAAGUCACUCUGGGUUUUCUCCCUGAAAAACACACGUGGCCAAUCCCAUCCCAGAGCCCCUGGUGGCCUGCCCUCGUCCAUAGCUGGCUUCAGCACCUUGGUCCUGGGUGGCCUCCCUGCAGGUCACCCCUCACCCCUCCUUCAGGGAGAGAUAGGGCUCCAUCCAUUCUCCCCUCUAGGUACCCGGAACCCUUGCGUUUCUUUCCCCGUAAAGGGCCUUCCCUCCCCCCUGGUGAUACUGAAGUCCACGGUCUGGCUGCCGCCCGUGACAGCCGGCACAGGAGCUACAAGGUCCGGUUCAACAGCGUCUCCUCCUACUCUGACUCGCGCAAAUCAUCAGGCGAUGGGCCAGACUUCAGAGACAACUUUGAGAGUGCUGGACCCCUGGCCAACGUGAGGUUCUCGGUGUUCGGCCUCGGCUCCCGGGCCUACCCCCACUUCUGCGCCUUCGGACACGCCGUGGACACCCUCCUAGAAGAGCUGGGAGGGGAGAGGAUCCUGAAGAUGAGAGAGGGGGACGAGCUCUGUGGGCAGGAGGAGGCCUUCAGGACGUGGGCCAAGAAGGUCUUCAAGGCGGCCUGUGAUGUGUUCUGCGUGGGGGACGACGUCAACAUCGAGAAGGCCAACAACUCCCUCAUCAGCAACGACCGCAGCUGGAAGAGGAACAAGUUCCGCCUCACCUACGUGGCCGAAGCACCAGAGCUUACCCAGGGGCUCUCCAACGUCCACAAAAAGCGAGUCUCCGCCGCGCGACUCCUGAGUCGACAGAACCUCCAGAGCCCCAAGUCCAGGUGGGCUGAAGAGUCCCUGGAGGUAGAAGAAUCAUACCUCAGUAUCCAGGGCCCACCCCCACCCUUAGACACCCAGAUCCAUAGACGCACUUGGAUGCACAAGUCCAGCAUCAUCAGCAACUGGAAGGACGAGUCCCGCCUCCCGCCCUGCACCAUCUUCCAGGCCUUCAAAUACUACCUGGACAUCACCACGCCACCGACGCCCCUGCAGCUGCAGCAGUUUGCCUCCCUGGCCACCAGCGAGAAAGAGAAACAGCGCCUACUGGUCCUCAGCAAGGGCUUGCAGGAGUACGAGGAGUGGAAAUGGGGCAAGAACCCCAUCAUCCUGCUUCCCCCGCUAGAUGGAGAAGGACCAAUUCACCAUGGUGUGUGCUCCUCCUGGCUCAACCGGAUACAGGCUGGCGAAGUGGUCCCCUGUUUCGUGCGGGGAGCACCCAGCUUCCACCUGCCCCGAAACCCCCAGGUCCCCUGCAUCCUGGUUGGCCCAGGAACUGGCAUCGCCCCUUUCCGAAGCUUCUGGCAGCAGCGGCAAUUUGACAUUCAACACAAAGGAAUGAGUCCCUGCCCCAUGGUCCUGGUCUUCGGGUGCCGGCAAUCCAAGAUAGACCACAUCUACAGGGAGGAGACCCUACAGGCCAAGAACAAAGGGGUCUUCCGAGAGCUGUACACGGCCUACUCCCGGGAGCCAGACAAACCAAAGAAGUACGUGCAGGAUGUCCUGCAAGAUCAGCUGGCCGAGACUGUGUACCGAGCCCUGAAGGAGCAAGGGGGCCACAUUUACGUGUGUGGAGAUGUCACCAUGGCCGCCGAUGUCCUCAAAGCCGUCCAGCGCAUCAUGGCCCAGCAGGGGAAGCUCUCGGAGGAGGAUGCCGGAGUAUUCAUCAGCAGGCUGAGGGAUGACAACCGGUACCAUGAGGAUAUCUUUGGAGUCACCCUGAGAACCUACGAAGUGACCAACCGCCUUAGAUCUGAGUCCAUUGCCUUCAUUGAAGAGAGCAAAAAAGAGACAGAUGAGUACGUCGGCCCCGCCCCGGAGGGGGUCUUCAGCUCCUAAGUGGAUUCUCCAGCCUAGAGGGGCAGCAGGCGGCCACCCCAAGUGCUGCACAGGGGCGGCUGCGGGCUUCCGACGGGCGCACACACGGCUGCUCCUUUCCUCCAGGACCCCCGGGUCCCCGCUCUGCCUCUCGUCCUGUUGCUGUGUCCUGGUGUCCUCCUCUGGGUUCCUGCCCCCCCCCCAGUGGCUUCCUCGACUCCCCCGGGUCUGCUCCUUGAGUUUUUCCUGCCGCGACGUGACGCCUUCGUACCCUGCGGUGGCUCUCCCGAAACCACGCCUCACUGCUGUCCUGCCGAUGAGGACGAGGGCAGACCGCGGGUGCAUGAAACCACCGGAUCGUGGCCACUGCUCCUCUCGGGUCUGUCUUCUGCUGUCCCCUGGGAAGGCUGCAGGUUCUGGACAGAAGCCUUCUGAGCUGGUCCCUCUGGAGUCCCCCCUCCUUUCUCACGAUCCCCGUUUUGGUCGUGUGUGUGACGUGCGCCGGACGGGCCCGGGUCUCCGUCUGUCCUCUUGCCCGUGCAAGCCUGUCCAUCUGAGACCUGCGUCCACUGCCUUCGUGAAAGACCCUUGGUGCCAAGAAACGUCCCCCGGGCCCACGUUGAAUCCUCGUGUGUCUGUAAUUGAGGGUCUACACUGACGUCCCUUAAAACACUCUGAGGCUCCCCAAAGAAGGGUUGGGGAAUGAGGAGGGGGCUGUGGUGGUGGAGGGGACAAUCUCCCCAUGAAAUGGCAAGUCGUGGAUUCGAUGAUGCAUCUGGAUUCUGAGGCCAGUCGGUGGAGUCCUUACCAUACCACCAAUGGCUUGGGCAGACCCCUCCCCAAGCCCACCUACCCCAGCCCAGCAUUGCCCUGGCCUCAGUCAUCCAGCCCUUCCCAGGGAUCCCAUCCUGCGGAUCCUGCUGGACAUACCGUCUUCCCACUUGGCUGAUACGGAUGAGUCGCUUGUCCUAAGUUUCCCCGAAUCAAAUUGCUACCGACCUGAAAGGGACGAAGGGGUGGAGCCUAACGUUUCACAGCGUGGGCGUUCUGUCAAAGGAGAAUACGGUGGUCAUUAUUUUCUUUUUCCUCCAAAUGGGGCUUGCGGCUUUACCUUAGGAUAAAAAAUUCGUGGCGAGGUCAGUUAAAAGGGAUCCGAGUGGACGGAGGCCCCCUGUGGAUUUUUCUCUAGGAAUCCUGGGGCUUUCCGCUUUCUAAAAUUGGCCUCCGGAUUAUUGAACCUACCGAAAUGAUUUUUGGCAAAUAAAUAAUACCUUCCACUCGGAUCCAAAAAUAAUAAAAGUAAAACAACUGGGUA